CACAACAGAAGACGCACCAUAUCCCUAAUCCUCUGCACUCUUUUAUCUUCAGACUUCCGACCAACACCGCAAGAUGUCGCCGGCGCUCGUCGAGGAGGAGCUCGUCGGAGAGGAGCAGUCCCUCAAGACCGGCCUUCAGAACAAGGAAGAAGAUGAGGUCGUCGUGGAGGACGUGAAGGACGACAAGGACGAGGACGAUGAGGAUGACGACGACGACGACGACGAUGACAAUGAAGACAGCGCUCAAGGUGGAAAUGAGUCUUCGAAGCAAAGCAGGAGUGAGAAGAAGAGUCGCAAGGCAAUGUUGAAGCUGGGGAUGAAGCAAGUUACUGGUGUUAGCAGGGUUACCAUCAAGAGAACCAAAAACAUUCUGUUUUUCAUUUCGAAACCGGAUGUGUUCAAGAGCCCAAACUCGGAGACCUAUGUCAUAUUCGGUGAGGCCAAGAUUGAGGAUUUGAGCUCUCAGCUGCAGACACAGGCUGCCCAGCAGUUCAGAAUGCCAGACAUGAGUUCUGUGAUGGCCAAACCAGAGAUUUCUGGAGCUGGUGCUGCAGCCCCCGCGGAUGAGGAGGAAGAAGAGAUUGAUGAAACCGGUGUUGAACCACGGGACAUUGAUUUGGUCAUGACACAGGCUGGGGUUUCAAGGAGCAAGGCAGUCAAGGCUCUCAAGACUCACAGCGGGGACAUUGUCAGUGCCAUAAUGGAGCUCACUACUUGAUAGCUCACUAGAUGUGGUUGAGGAUUAAUAAUUUUCAGUAUUUAGUAUUUACUUGAUCAUGAGAUUUUUGAUUGAUGUCAUCAGUGUCAGUAAUUAUCUAGUUAUGCUGAAUUGAGCUUUCUACUUAGUUUUAAACUCGAGACAUAGUGCGGCUUUUGUUUUGCUCA